AAGAACCCCUCCUACCUGUCAUCCCAAAGCUAAUAGCCAUAGUCCUUCAGUGAAGCAAGAAGCAAGUAAGCAAGAAACAUAGAAGGAACGAAGAAAAUGGCUUCACCUUCUGCCUCCGACGCUCUUCGCUGUCACCUCGCCUAUGAGCCGGUGCCCCUGAAAUUCGGUACCAGCGGCCGCCGUGGCAAAGUGGUUGAUCUGACACAGUUGGAAAUUUAUACUAAUGUGCUUGCUGAAAUUCGCUAUCUCCAAUCCCUGGACCAACAGGAUGGUGGUAUUAAGUCCGGGGAUGACUUCUAUUUUGCGUAUGACCUUCGGCCCAGCUCCACAAGCUAUGUUGAGGAGGGUCGCGGAGGACUCUGCCAAGCAGUAGAGCAGGCGUUGAAGGAUGGAGGCAUGCAUCCCAUCAACCUAGGUGCUAUCCCCACACCGGCUCUGACCUACUAUGCCCUGAAACAUGGUAAGGGCAGUAUUAUGGUUACCGGAAGCCACAUCCCGUUCGACCGCAAUGGGUACAAGCUCAACACAUCGAAAGGGGAGCUCCUGAAGAAGGAUGAACAGCCUAUUAAUAACAAUGUCCAAGUCACUCGCGAGGAGCUACUCUCACAGCCAUACGCUGAGUCCCUUUUCAAUCAGCAGGGCAUGCUUCGCAGCGCCCCAUCCAACCUCCCACCUGUUGCGGCUGAAGGACGAGCUGCGUAUAUCAAGCGCUACACGGAUUUCUUCCGGGGCGAAACACUAAAAGGCAAGAAGCUUCUUGUCUACCAGCACUCGGCCGUUGGCCGUGACGUCCUAGUGGAGAUCCUCGAAUUGCUUGGAGCUGAAGUCGUCACUGCCGGCCGAAGUGAUACAUUCGUACCGAUUGAUACUGAAGCCAUCGAUCAAGCCCAACUCGACACUGUUCAGAACCUCUACGACAGCACUGGACAGCAAUUCGAUGCGAUGGUUUCUACUGACGGUGACAGCGAUCGCCCUCUCAUACUAGCCCCUGAGGGAGGCAAGCUCCGCUUCUUCGGUGGUGAUCUGUUGGGCAUGACAGUCGCCGAAUUCCUGGGUGCCGACUCUGUUGUUGUGCCUAUCAGCACUAACGAUGCCAUGGAUCGUGGCUCACUUGCCAGUGUCACCGAGCCCAAGACGAAGAUUGGUAGCCCUUACGUUAUUGCUGGUAUGCAGCACUCCCUCUCCAAGGGACGCCGACGCGUCUGUGGAUGGGAAGCCAACGGUGGUUUCCUCACUGGCUCUGAUAUUGAGCGCAAUAACAAUAUCCUUACCGCACUUCCCACUCGUGAUGCUGUGUUGCCUCUGCUCUGCGCUUUGUUUGCGGCGGGCAACCGUAGCAUCACUGUACCCGAACUGUUCGCCACGCUGCCCAAGCGUUCCAGCCGUGCCGCUUUGAUUCGGAACUUCCCUCGCGCAACGAGCUUGAAGAUUAUCGACCGUUUCUCCCCACCCGAGUCCACUAUGCAGGAGGUAUCCUAUCAACCAGAUCAUGUUGUUGCCUACGACGGUAGCCGUGCUCAACUUCAGGUUACAGAGUCUGAUGCCAAGAAACUCGAGCAGAUCCGCCAAGAGCUCGAGACCGUGUUCUCCCCAGAAUAUGGUUUCUCAUCCAUUGCCCGCUUGAACUACACAGACGGAGUUAGAAUCAUCUUCGCUAGCGGCGAUGUCGCUCACUUCCGCCCCUCGGGCAACGCUGAUGAACUCCGUAUCUACGCCGUUGCUGACACGCAGGAGCGUGCCGAUGCAAUCGCUUCGCAAGGUGUUGCUGAACCCAAUGGUCUUCUCAGGAGUCUGGAGCGCACUGUUUGAGUGGCAGAUAGUUUGUCAUGGCUAGCACAUUCCUUUCUUUCGUCAGUACUCUACAGUCGGUGCGAUGACUGCAUGCCUUUGAGGCGAAGGGCAUUGCAUUUACUACCCGAUCACUGCCUAAAUACAAACAUAUUCUAAUCAACACUUCCUGAGCAAAAUGUUUUUGUAUCCUAAUUUAAUCUUAACGGCUCCCUUCCGGACGAAUGUUCCGAGUUUCACUAAGAGGCCAUUCUUCCAAGGCAAUUUGCUUACCUCUCUCCACUGCUCUUACAGCUUCACAACAAAGGGCAUUUGAUAAUCCAAUAACAGUUUAUGUAACUCAGUAAGUCUCAAUGGCGAUAAUCACACCAGAAUGUUGUCCUUGAGGUAAUCGAUA